CUCGGCCGGUGAAUCAUCGGCAGACACCGGGAGCGCGGCCGCCGGGAGCAGCGCGGAAAAUGGCCGAAGCGGGCGCGGGCUUUCUGGAGCAGCUCAAGUCCUGCGUCGUGUGGUCCUGGACUUACCUCUGGACCGUGUGGUUCUUCAUCGUGCUCUUCCUGGUCUACAUCCUGCGGGUGCCCUUGAAGAUCAACGACAACUUGAGCACAGUGAGCAUGUUUUUGAACACGUUAACACCGAAGUUCUACGUGGCCCUGACAGGCACUUCCUCACUAAUAUCGGGGCUUAUUUUGAUAUUUGAAUGGUGGUAUUUUCGCAAGUAUGGAACAUCAUUCAUUGAACAAGUCUCAGUAAGCCACUUGCGCCCCCUUCUGGGAGGGGUUGACAACAACUCCUCCAACAAUUCUAACUCCAGUAAUGGGGACUCAGAUUCCAACAGGCAAAGUGUCUCAGAAUGCAAAGUAUGGCGAAAUCCACUAAAUUUAUUUCGGGGUGCCGAAUAUAAUCGGUACACUUGGGUGACAGGACGAGAACCUCUGACUUACUAUGACAUGAAUCUCUCUGCCCAGGACCACCAGACAUUCUUUACUUGUGACUCGGACCAUCUGCGCCCUGCAGAUGCAAUAAUGCAGAAAGCCUGGAGAGAGAGAAACCCCCAAGCUAGGAUUUCAGCAGCGCACGAAGCAUUAGAGAUAAAUGAAAUUAGGUCCAGAGUUGAAGUUCCCCUAAUUGCUUCCUCUACCAUCUGGGAGAUAAAAUUGUUACCAAAGUGUGCAACCGCUUAUAUUCUCUUGGCUGAAGAGGAAGCAACAACCAUUGCUGAAGCAGAAAAGCUGUUUAAGCAGGCCCUGAAGGCUGGAGAUGGCUGCUACCGGCGUUCUCAGCAGCUACAGCAUCAUGGAUCCCAGUAUGAAGCCCAACACAGACGAGACACCAAUGUCUUGGUCUACAUCAAAAGAAGGCUAGCAAUGUGUGCCAGAAGACUCGGGAGGACCAGAGAAGCAGUGAAAAUGAUGAGAGAUUUAAUGAAGGAGUUCCCCUUGCUAAGCAUGUUCAACAUCCACGAAAACCUUUUAGAGGCCCUUCUGGAGCUACAAGCAUAUGCUGAUGUUCAGGCAGUUUUAGCAAAGUAUGAUGAUAUAAGCUUACCAAAGUCGGCAACAAUAUGCUACACAGCUGCCUUGCUCAAAGCAAGAGCUGUCUCUGACAAAUUCUCUCCCGAGGCUGCAUCUCGACGGGGGCUGAGCACAGCAGAGAUGAAUGCAGUCGAGGCCAUUCACAGAGCUGUUGAGUUCAAUCCUCACGUGCCAAAAUACCUACUAGAAAUGAAAAGCUUAAUUCUACCCCCAGAACAUAUCCUGAAGAGAGGGGACAGUGAAGCAAUAGCAUAUGCGUUCUUUCACCUGGCACACUGGAAGAGGGUGGAAGGGGCUUUGAAUCUUUUGCAUUGUACGUGGGAAGGCACUUUCCGGAUGAUCCCCUAUCCCCUAGAAAAGGGGCAUCUCUUUUAUCCUUACCCGAUCUGCACAGAAACAGCAGACCGAGAACUGCUCCCGUCUUUCCAUGAGGUCUCAGUUUACCCAAAGAAGGAGCUUCCCUUCUUUAUCCUCUUCACGGCCGGACUGUGUUCCUUCACAGCCAUGCUGGCCCUCUUGACACAUCAGUUUCCGGAACUUAUGGGGGUCUUCGCAAAAGCUAUGAUUGACAUUUUCUGCUCGGCAGAGGUCAGGGAUUGGAAUUGCAAGAGUACUUUCAUGCGUUUUGAAGAUGAACUGGAUAUCCCACCGGCACCUCAAUCUCAACAUUUCCAAAACUGAACUCUCCACCCUUCUUCCUCACCACCAAAAUCGCUCCCCUCCUGUAUCCCUGACCUCCACAGUAGCAUCCUGUCACUCAAGCCAGAGACCCAGCAGUGCUCCUUACUCUUCCCUCUCUCACUCCCCACAUCCCAUCUGUCCAGUCUCCAAAACCUGCUGGGUGUAACCUCCUGAGCCACUAGACAUCAGUCAAUGUAAUUCACAUCUCCUCCUCCUCCUACUGCCAUGGCCUCUUAGUUUAGGUCUUCAUUAUUUCUUGCCCGGAAUCCUACAAGUCUUAACAGUCUCCUUGCUUCCUGUCUAUUCUUCGCCAGUCUUUCUUUCAUACUGACACAAAAAUGUGCUUCCUAAAUUGCAAGUCAGAGCAUGUUACUUCCUUGCUUGAAUUUCUCCAAUGGUUUCCCACCAUCUUUAAGAUAAAACCCCAGCUCUUUAGCAUGACAUAUAAGGUCCCUUAUGUUCUGGCCCUUGUUUGCCUCUUCAGCCUCAUCUCUCCCAGCUCUUUCACAGGCACUGCUCAUGGGCCACAGUGAAUUGCUCACCCUUCCCAGAUGCACCAGGGUCUUGUAUACCUCAGUACCUUUGCACAUGCUAUUUUCUCUGCAUGGCAUGGUCUUUCCCAUCACCACCCCCACUUGUCCACCCUACUAGUGCCUCUUUAUUCCUUUAUACUCACUCAGCUUUCUUUCUAAAUUUCUCCUAAGCUGAGUUCGAUCUCUCCUCUAUGAUCCCACAGUAUUCCAUGCAUACCUAUAUGAUCACACUCAUUGUAUUAUAUAAUUGUUGAAAACUUGUCUGUCCCCCUUUUAGAAUGGGAGCUCCUUGAGAGCAGGACUGUGUCUUCCUCAUCUCUGUAUCCCCAAAGCUAUGCAUAGUGCCUUGCACAUAGUAGGUUUCCAAUAAAUGAUUAUUAAAUAAAUAAAUGGUAGUGGUUUCUGCAGAAAGAAUCAAUGUAAAAAUCAGAUACAGCCUAGCAUUUCUUCUCUUCUUUUAUACUUGUAAUUGUAGACUCUUAGGGUUGAAAGGGACCUUAAACAAAUUGCCUUCAACAGAAACAUGAAGGAGAUCAUUUAGACUCAUCUUGAAUACUUUCAGCAAUGGGGAGCUCACCUAUUUAAUAUCAAAGCCCAUUUCAUUGUUCAGUCACUCAGAACUUUUCUUUAUCCUCAUAAAAUUGGCCUCCCUUUAACUUCCACUAUUGUUCCUACUCUGCCCUCCAAAACUAUAGUAAACAAGCC